UCUGGCGUUUCUAAGGCACAAGCUCCAUAGCAACCGAAGGAGCAGAAAAGAAAAGUUGAGAUUUUCGGUUUUUAUUUUAAAUAGAGCGGGACACCAGCAGAAGAUGACGCAUCUCUCCCACAAACGGAGGCUGGACACAGAAGCAUGAAAUAAAAAUGCCAGCGACAAAUGUUGUCAAGUCAAAACCAGUGGAGGCGACGAGAAAACCAGUGGAGAAAACCAAACCGGCGAAGGAAAAGGCGGUGAACGGAGCAGAACGUGAACUCAAAGUGCCCGCUGUGCGUAAAAGCCGCGCGUCGAGCUGCCCCAGGUGUCCGCCGCGGGACAGGUGUGACAGGGCCACCGCCGGGGCGCAGGGCGCAGCCUCCAAAGCGAGCUGUGAGAGGAGAGCCAGGUCUAGCUCCGCUGCUCCCAAACCGACUGCGCACCGGUCCAAAACAAACCCAGACUGCCGGAGGGCGACCAGCUCUUUGAAACAUGUCGCUGUUAACCCCAGGUCCCGGGAGACGGCCGCCUGUCCGGGUCAGCGGGAGCAGCACAGCUUCAGGGCUGAGACAAAGUAUGCAAGUCACAGCCACAAAGCUUUCACUGUCAUCCCCCCGAACCCCAAGAAGAGAAGAGAGAUGCAGAGAAAGGCGGAGGCAGAGCUCGCUGCUCUGGAGGAGCUUCGGCUGAGCAGAGCGAUGGCUUACGUAUCCAUUAACCCCAGCAGUGUCGGUGGCUGCAUGAGUCUGGAGGAAGUACGGUUGAAGCAGCAGCAGGAAAUGAUGCAAGCGAAGAGGAAACAGAAACCGAUGAAGAAGCAGGUGAUGGAACAAACACCUGUCCUGACGAGCUGAGCAUCAGCUUUCCUCUCGUCUCCGCCGGCAGCUCGACACUUCUCUGUAUCUGCAGCACAAAAACCACACGGUUUUAAACCGGAUUCAAAUCCCGUAUUUAAACAGGACAUACACAUAAUACAUGAAAUCUGUGUUGUAAAUUCUUCCAAUUUUAAAACAGUAUUGCUUGUGUGUUUUAUCUGAUAUCAUCAUUGACGUUAUCAUAAAUAUUUUAUUUGGUUAUACUUUAUGUUUUGUACAAGGUUGUUUUGUUUUUCGAUUAGUAUUUUACUUUUUGAUGGAGUGUUUCUGCAUCACUCUUAGUUCAGGUAGGAUGGUUACCUGUGUAGCAGCAGUUUAAGCUUGUGGACAGUUUUCUCCUUUUUUAAGGCGUGGCCCAUAAACAAACACAUCACGCCAUUCUUGUCUGUAACGUAAGGCAUGAAUUACAGAGCUGAAUGGAGGAAAUAUAAACUGACACUGUCACCAUAAUGACUCUGUUCUACACUCUCAGCACGUUUUCACCUGUUUGAGAGCAAAGCCACAGGCAAUAAA